AUGGCUUGGAAAAGUGUCAAAAAUUUGUUUUCUCUCGAUACCACCUCUAACAAUGCAUCAUCUAACAAAAAGAAUGCCAAUAUAUCGUCGCGUAUUGCGCCACGACCAAUCCUUUCUUCCUCAAAUAAUAACAAUGAGCAAUCAUCGAUCAAAAGCAAGGUUGAUAAAACGCACGAUGUUGACGGGACAAAUAGUUCCUUCCGGACGACCGAUACGAUAAGCAAACCUCCAAGUUUGAGUUCGUCACACGCUUAUUCUACAAAUGACAUCCAUCAGCAGUUACAUGACGCCAGUGAACUUUUAUAUCUUCAUCUACCUGAGGACGUGAAAUCCGUGUUGGACAAGUUAAGAGCUCUCCAGAACACCGAGAAAUCUUUGAUAUUUGAUCAAAAGAUGGUAAAUGGUGAAUGGCAGAACCCCUUUACAACAUUAGAAGCUGCCAUCAUGUCAUUAUUAAUAAUGGCACCGAGGUUGUUACUAGUCAAUACUCCAAAGUCAACAACACCAAGAGGAGAGGGUGAAGAUUAUUUCACCAGAUUUUCUGGUGUCCAAGAUAAUUUAUCGUCUCGUCCCUCCUCUUUAAUUAUCCAAGAAGAACAUUACGAAGAAGAAAACACGUCAAACUUAUUCUCUCCCCUCAAUACACUUUCGGUUAUACUAGAGAAUCCACACGAUCAGCAACGUAGAAAUUCCCAUUAUUCCAUCCGCAGUCAUCUAUCCACUUCCACCUUUUGUUCGAAUCUCUCGAUGUCACAAUCGAAAAAUUCUUCUUUAGUUAAGGUUUUGAGUGCUUCUACCCUUUUGACCACCGUGAUCGGAACCAUUUUGUCGAUGCACAAUGAUGCACUGAUGAACAGCUUCACGGAAUCCUCGAUGUUGGAUAGUUAUCGCUCGUUACACGAAAGAAUCUCGAAUGAAGCGGACGCAGUGUUGAGGUAUGUUAGGAAAAUUACCACGCAGGGCAAAGCCGAAGAGUUGUCGAUACAUGGUCAGUCUAUAUACGACAAGUUGGUUGUACACUCGAAUCGCCUUGUGGAUUCACUCAAUCUGCUGGUAAAUUUCGUUCAUGUGCAUCUGCCCAUACUUCAUGAAGAACCUCUAGGAAUGGCACCGUUGGAUGUCCGAGAGAAUGAUCCGUUGACUCCCGAAGAGAAAGUUUAUCAAAAGAAAAAGAACACAUUUAAAAAGAAGGUAAUGCGAAGUCUAAGCUCGUUCAGGCGAAGCUCCUUAGGCUCGAAGAGUAAAAAGUCCAAGAGUAAAAAUUCGGCCUCCGAAGAUUCUGAUCAUUCUGGACAUUUGAGCGGACGUAGCAGUUUGACGUUUGAGCGUGGGCGACCUUUGUUUUCACUCCAUCAAACAAGCGCUGAUGCCUUAAGGCACAACAGAAAAACGAGGAAUGAAAGUAGAGAUUCGAGUAGCGUCGGCUCGCUUGCGUCAAACGCUUCCGUCGUUACGGCACCGGCAAUGUAUAUGAGAACCAGAAAGAUAGCAUUCUCUGAAGGCUCAUCGUUGCGCAGGUCUGAUCAGCCAAUAAUGCCUCGAACCCGCCUUCGACGAAAAAGUUCAUUUCUCUCCAUAGACACGAGUCAUAAUUCCAAUGUUUUUCAGACCGACAUUUCUUCCCCAAGUACGGUGAGCAGCCUUAGUUCGAGCUGCCGGGCUUACGGUGGCCCUCUAAUACCGAACCACGAACCUCUAUCCAGCCCAAGUAAAAAAUCAAAAUUUAGAGAACAAAUUGACGAUCCACCGUCGAAGUUCUCUACACAUUUUCUGGAGGGAAACAGAAACCAAGACAACUUACAUUCAAUGGAUUGGAACACACCUCGGUCACCACGUUCUCUCAAAACAUCCAUGCUAUCCAGAAUGGCUUCGACACGCCGUCGUCUAUCGCAUAGCUCUACCGAAUCAGCUAACUCUCUCUUCGUAUAUUCUCAUAAAAUAUCGGAUUCGACAACAUCUUUGGAAACCCGACCGACGAAAAAUGAUGAAUUUGAGGAAAAAGUUGAUGAAAUUGUUUCACCAACGGACACAAGACCUCGGAAAAAUUCUCAUUCUAAGAUUAAGUCCUAUUUCUUGAAGCACAUAGGUUCUCUGUCUCCAGUUUCUUCGAAAGGUAAAAAAACAAGCUACUGGCCGGUAACCGAGGAAUCCGAGUCGACGUCGAAAAAACCAACGCAUGGAACCUCGACGUUAUCAGGAAAGCAGCUCAAGGUUCAUAAGAAUAACAGCGACACAGAUUUGAAGAGUUUGCAGAUGAUGUGGGCGGAAAGAGAUCGAUUAAAUGCAAAUUCAGUGGCGCACGCAGAGAAGUCGUGCGAGGAUGCUGAAGAAGUGAUAGUACCAUCGACCACGGAAGUCAGCGAUGCGAACAACCUUAGGGAACAAUUGUUCAGGAAAAUUGUUACCAAAAAGAGUUCGACCAACUUGAGCGUCAAGAAGAAAUCCAGCCUGAGCAGUAUGAUAAAGAUUUCAAAUGUAUUCACACGUCUCCACGAGGUAAAAGCUGUUCAUUCUCGUUGCUUCCAACUAAUUUCGAAAGUCACUAAACGUAAUAUUCUUCAGCAAGGACACAACGACUCCUUUUCUCCGGAUGAUGGACUAUUGACAGAUAACGUCGACGGAAGUCCGCAAAUUCGGGCGAGCACCCUCGAGAAUUUAAUAUCUCGAUUAGCGGACGAAAACGAACAAGAUAAUGAAUUUAUAGAUUGCUUCGUCUUGAGUCACGUAUUUUUUACAAGUUCAAAGGAGUUCUUAGAAAGUAUGAUUAUGAAAUUCACGAACAAUCAAGGGACACUUUCUACGGACACAGAAGCACAAACUUCCUCUAUUCAACAAAAAGUGUUGACUGUUCUUGACCGAUGGAUAUCACUUCAACCUCAGAAUUUUCAGAUCGAACCUGAACUACGCAACAAAUUGCAAGAAUUCUUGACGGAUGGAGUCUCGAACGCCGGUUUUCGAACGGACGCAGAGAAAAUACAGAAAAAGUUGUCGGAUAUUCCAAACAUUCCAUCAUCUUUACCUUUACAACAACAACAAAACACUAAAGAUUUCAGUGCAAACCCUCAAAAAUCUUUACAAAAAAACUCAACGCUUUACGAUUCAUCACCGCUCUUGGAAUUCAGUUCAAAAAAUAUUGCAAAAUAUUUGACGCUGAUGGAUUUUAACGCGUUGAAAUCAAUAACCUUCUUUGACUUUAUAACCGUGUGGUGGCGUAAGAGGCAAGCUUUUGAAACCGACGGAAGCCCAAAUGUCGCUAUGCAGGAUCAGCAAUUUGGAUUGGAAGAAAACAGGUUGGACGCUUUUACAAGGAGGUCUAACAUGCUAAGUCAUUGGAUAGCGCAUGAGAUAUGUAGUCUAAAAACGGUCAAGGCGAGGCGCACCAUUCUUCAUAAGUUUAUUGAGGCCGCAAAGUAUUGUCUCGAGUGGAACAAUUUCCACACUGCGAUGUUCAUCGCGUUGGCCUUGAAUUCAAGGCCGGUGCGUCGCCUCGAGAAAACUUGGGAGACGUUGUCUCAUCAGGCACUUCUAAAUCUUCAAAGCAUAGAGGAGCUCAUAGAUUCUUCUGGAAAUAUGCGAAAAUACAGGACUACUUUGGCGCAGGCUACGCCGCCGAUAGUUCCAUUUUUCGCAACCUUCCUUAAAGAUAUAACAUUUAUAAUGGAAGGUAACAACACAUUCCUUCCAACUGGACAUAAACGAGAAAAACAAUUUCGAACGUCAUCCAUGUCAACAACACCAACCCUAGAACACAACAUCGAAUCGCAAGAAUUAUCCGCAAGAUCAUCAACACCAACAUCCGAACCGCAUUCAGACACAUCAAACACCUUAUUUAAAGAACCGCAACCAUUAAUAAAUUUCGAAAAAUUCCUUUUACUGAAAAAAAAUGUAUACAAUAUUACAAGAUACACGUCGAAAUCAUAUCCAUUCGAAAAUCAGUUAUCUUCACAUUCAUUUAAAUCAAUAUAUCAAACAACACCAUCAAAAACAACGGAAAACAUUCAAGACAAAAUUAUUUCCAACAAUUCCGAUUCUAAUAUCGGUGAUUCAAAAACAACAUCAACACUGCUAGAUUAUAUCGGAGAAGUCAUAGAAAAUAGAAUAUUUGAAGCAGCAGGGGCAAUUUUUGGUGGUAAUGUGGCAUCAAUUGCGAUGUCAGAUGGAGGUGAACUAGAAGCCGAAUUAAUGGCAUUAUCUUUAGAAGCAGAACCAAUAGCACAACAAUAA